UUUCCAUCAACAUCACAACAAUCUACAAUUUCACCAAUUUCAUCAUCGACAAUUACCACUACUGACCUACAUUAUCAUCAUCAAAAUGGCCAUAAUCAAAAUCAUUUAAUUCUGAAUCUUAGCUCCGAAACCACUGGUCUAGUUUAUGGUCUUUCGGAAUGGAUGAAUGUAUUGACAUUGGGCUGUCUAAUUUUUUUAUUUUGUUUAUUAGUGUUUGUAUUCUCUCUUUUAUUUUUGCUGUCCUUUCGUCGUACUGAAACCGUCGUCGAAUCAAAAGAUACGAAAACAACAACAGAAAAUGGAAACUCAAAGAAUACAACGAUUGGUAUGGGAAAUUCGAGAAAAUGUCAACCAACAUUUAUCACAAUCUCCGAUGACAAUGAUGACAACAACGAUGGAUUUAGGACAAAAUUAAACACCAUCAAUAGAUUUAUUGGAACCGAAAACAUCAUCACCACAACACCUUGUGCUAUAACAUCAUUGGAAGAUGAUCGUCGACAAGCGGAUGAAGUGGAAAAAGAACGUGAAAUAAGCCUUUUUAUAACGACAUCUAGAUAUAACGAUCAUUCAGAACAUCAUAAUCGAUAUUUUCGGUCGGCAAAAGAUUCAUCAAUAUGUGACAAAAAUAUGGAUUCGAUUUCAACGGUCGGUCCAGAAUCUAGAUUCAUAACACGUGGAUCACAACUUUUAUUGCCGACAUCUCAACAAAAACGUUAUCGAACAUUUAAUGGUCGUGAAAAUUUUCGAUCAUUGGACCAUCCAAUCACCAAUCAAACAUCAUUGAAAAGACCAUCAAAAGAGCAGCAAUUAUUGAAUGGGCUAAGAAAACAUCAGGCAAUGAAUUCAAUCUAUAAUAUCGAUUUGAAUCAAUCCAAAUCAAUCGAUAAUCAUGAAAAAUAUCACAAUUCCUAUUCUGAAGUGAUUGAAGAGCUAAAAAAUCGUUUCGAAAUAUUAUCAACAGCUGUAUAAAUUCUUCAUCAAAAUCACCCUUUUUAUGCAUAAAAACAUCCACAUUUAAUGAAUGUAACCAUUAUAUGAGUCAUUAGUCUUGUGUUUCAGUCUAUUUUAUUUUCUUUGUAAAUAAUAACAUUUCUAAAUAUUAUUUGUUGCUUAAUUCAAACGUUGGUGAUAAUAAUUAACAAUUAUUUCCGCCGA